AUGCAUGCUAUGCAAUUGACCUUGGUGUAUGUACACUUUUAUGAUUCUGGCGGAGCUUCAGACUUGCUUCCUGAACCGCCAACUAGACGACUUAAGCGACAUAGCAACUGGGCUAUUAUCUUAGACCUUGAUAGAAUACGAACCCUCAUUUGACUCUUCCAUCUCUCUAAUUCGUUUUCCUUUAAAUUCCUUCCACAAUGGUACGUUUAUGUAGUACUCUAUAUGAUUACCGAUCUAUUAUUCGCUGACCUUCGCUUGAUAAUAGGCACAAGUAAUAUCCAAUUCCGGCCACGAUGACAUGAUUCAUGAUGCUGUCCUUGACUACUACGGCCGUCGCCUCGCAACGUGUUCUUCCGACAAAACAAUCAAGAUAUUCGAGAUUGAGGGCGAGUCUCAGAGGCUGACAGAGACAUUGAAAGGACACGAAGGCGCAGUAUGGUGUGUUUCAUGGGCGCAUCCCAAGUACGGCAACAUUCUCGCCUCGGCAGGCUAUGACGGCAAGGUAUUCAUCUGGCGCGAACAGGGGAACGUAUGGCAAAGGAUCUUCGACUUUGCUCUCCACAAGGCCUCAGUGAAUAUGGUUGCGUGGUCACCUCACGAAUCGGGCUGUCUCCUUGCGUGUGCGUCUUCCGACGGAAACGUCUCCGUUCUCGAAUUCAAAGACAACAACUUCUCCCACGUCUCCUUCCCCGCACACGGCCUCGGCGUGAACUCGGUGUCCUGGGCACCCGCGACAACGCCUGGUAGCAUCGUCUCUUCGGCACCAGCGGGCCCCGGCGCACUUGGUCAGCGCCGUUUCGUAACGGGAGGCUGCGAUAACGUACUCAAGCUAUGGACCUACGACGUUGCUUCGCAAGGAUACAAGCAAGAGAGGGAGCCGUUGGCGGGCCACACGGACUGGGUGCGGGACGUAGCAUGGAGCCCUACGGUAUUGCAGAAGAGUUACAUCGCGUCAGCUUCGCAAGAUAAGACGGUGCGGAUUUGGACCAGCGACAACGCGAGCCAAGGCCAGUGGUCGGUCAAGGUGCUGAACUUCGAAGCCGAAGUCUGGCGUGUCAGCUGGAGUCUGAGCGGGAACGUGCUGGCCGUUAGCGGUGGCGACAACAAGGUCUCGUUAUGGAAGGAGAACCUUCGAGGCGAGUGGGAGUGCGUCAAGACGAUGGAGGAAUAGGAGCCAGGUCUAUCGUACUAGUGGAUUUGACGGCGGAAACACAACAGGUUCGAGGAUGAUUGUCACGAAGCCCGGCGUUAAGAUGUAGAUGGGGCGCUGAUUCGGCAGGACUGUUGGUCACCAAAAGCAGAGUAGCUUGCGUCUUGCGACUAAACAAAAAUUUCGGAAAUAAAUGAGAUAUCCUACGGAAGCCGUAUAGUAUAGAUGGUAAUGUGAACCCGGUUUACACAGGUAUGGUGAUACAGUAUGCAUCUCGAACUUUCUUGGCUUUGACGUUGUGAUAUGGUCGCUUAUAUGUUUGAGCCUUUAUCUAUCAUUUCGGAAUACUAUACCUUAUGUUUUUCUUUAAACUAGCGGAUCGAUGGUUACGAUACGAUGUUAUAAAAUUGAUCCCUAGCUUAGCUAUAUCGAGCUGUAACAAUACUGUUUGCCAUCCGCAAAGCUUUCCAAACCAGGUAUUCUUCCCUUACCAUGUAUUCGGAGAUGGUUAUUUUUUGAAGUUUAACGUUUUAAUAAUCUUGAUCUAAGCUUGUCCGUUUGUCUAUCCGCUUUAAAUUGACAUAUUAACUUUACAAACUGCUUGGAAGCCGUUCACUUAGCCGUUUGCUUAACCGUUCUUACUGUUUUCACUAA